AUGCCAAGAAAUUCCAAAGAUACAAUAGGAUUUCCAGAGGUAGAAGAAAAUCCACUAUUAGUCAAUAAGCAGAAUCGUACACCAGUUUUUAUACCAUCCAUGUGUCCAGAGAAUGAAUUGUUAUACCCCGGAGACCAAACGGAUGAUUGGAUUUGUGAUUGUCGUCCAGGAUAUCUGUACCAUCCGAAUACGGAUGCGUGUUGGGCAGCAUAUCAAAAAGGUCCUUGUCCAGAAAAUCAAUACCUGACAUUAAAAACAAAUUCAGUCCAACCGAUUUGUAUAAAAAAUCCGUGUGUAACUGAUACCAUGGUGUUAUGGAAAGGGAAAUGUGAAAAAUUUGGCUCUGUUGCUCCUUGUGGAAUUAAUAAAUUUCCAUCUGAAGCUUUAUGGGUGAAUGCAACUACUCUUGAAAUUGAAUGUGUACAAAUCAAUAAUGAUUAUAUACUUUCUCGAGUACUUUUAGAAGAACCGACAAUCAAUUGUGCAUUAGGGUGUAGAAGAUAUGUACUGGGGAAAUGUAUGCCAACUUCUAAU